GGGGUGUGUCUGUGUCCCAUACGGGUUAUCUACCUCGGAGAGACCGAGCAGAGGCGGGAAAUGGCGCCUGGUAACACAGCCGUGUGUCAUUUUGAAGAAGAAGAAGAAGAAGCAGCCCUUGAGUAGAUUCACUAGAAAAAAAGGAGGGAAAAAUAAAGGGAGGAAAAAAAAGUGUCGGAGCGGUUUCACGAAAAAACAACAUCAACAACCACAACCACCACCGCCGCUGCUGUGAUGGUAAAUCGGCCUUGAGACAUUAUCUCCAGUUAACUGCGGAUCACCGUAAACCUUACAUGUGACUGCUAAAACAAUGAGGCUGAGAAUGCGUAAGGCGUCUCAGCAACCGAUCCCCACUCUGGCAAGCCGCCCGUCCCGAACCAAGCGGAGGCAUUCAGAAGUAGAGGAGGACACUCCUUCUAGCGGAGGGAGAGGGUUGUUCUCCACCAUCAAGAAGUUCAUCAGAGGAAAUGCUGUGAAGGUGCAGCCGGAAAGCCCGGCCAAGAAGACUCGCCUCCACUGUGACGUGGACAACAACCUGAUCACCUCCACGACCCCGAACACCAACACCCCCCGGAAAACUAUAAGCAGAGUUGGUAGGAGAGGCUCCGUCAAUGGACAGGCGACCAAUCACGACAGGAGUAAGGAGAAGCCCAACGGGAGCCUGGAGGAGACGACGGCGGUCGAGGUGACCACCAGCCCACCCAGGACAACUUUACUCGGGACCAUCUUCUCGCCGGUUUUCAAUUUCUUCUCACCAGCUAAAAAUGCCUCUUCUGGCUCGGACUCUCCGGACCAGGCUCUGGAGGCCGAGGAGAUCGUCAAACAGCUGGACAUCGAGCAGGCGGUGGAGACGCCCACCAGCACGGCCACAUCCACGCAGGAAAUGUGUGCCCCCACUAACUUCUACGCUAGUGUAACGCAGCUGCCGCCUCUACGGCCUCCCCACAUCCUCGAGGCGUGUCCCACGACGGACGAGGGCGAGCUCGACGCCGCCGCCGACCUCCCCCCUCUCACAGCUCCAGGCUCCAGUCCAGACAUGACGUACGUGGACGCUCCUCCCACCGCGGUACCACCCGACGCUUCCUACGAGGAAGACUGGGAAGUCUUUGACCCGUAUUUCUUCAUCAAACACGUCCCUCCACUGACCGAGGAGCAGCUCACUCGUAAGCCGGCGUUACCGCUGAAGACGCGCAGCACGCCCGAGUUCUCUCUGGUCCUGGACCUGGAUGAAACGUUGGUCCACUGCAGUUUAAACGAGCUGGAGGACGCAGCACUUACCUUCCCCGUCCUCUUUCAGGACGUCAUCUACCAGGUGUACGUGCGCCUGAGGCCGUUCUUUAGAGAGUUUCUGGAGCGCAUGUCUCAAAUAUACGAGAUCAUCCUCUUCACAGCCUCUAAAAAGGUUUAUGCAGACAAACUGCUCAACAUCUUGGAUCCCAAGAAGCAGCUAGUGAGACACAGGUUGUUUCGUGAGCAUUGUGUGUGCGUCCAGGGAAACUACAUCAAGGACCUCAACAUCUUAGGCAGAGACCUGUCAAAAACCAUCAUCAUCGACAAUUCACCGCAAGCCUUUGCAUAUCAGUUGUCCAAUGGGAUUCCCAUCGAGAGCUGGUUCAUGGACAAGAACGACAACGAGCUGCUGAAGCUUGUUCCCUUCCUGGAGAAGUUGGUUGAGAUGAACGAGGACGUGCGGCCACACGUCCGGGAAAGGUUCCGACUUCACGACCUUUUACCUCCCGACUGACUGAGCCAGAGACUCUGAGGACGAGGGACACCGUGAAAAAAAAAAAAAAAAAGACUGACAACAACACGCCUGUUAUGAAAAAAAGGAAAUUAAACACAAAAAAAGAAAGAAAGAAGAAGAAGAAAAAGAAGCGGCCUCCUCUCUUUGGAUUACAAACUACAACAUUGCCAUUACUUUAAAAAGUAAAAAAAAUCAGCCUUUUUUUUUUUUUGUUCUGUUUUUAAAUCCACCGUUGCUUUUUAAAAAGGAAAAAUUCAAAAAGAAGAAGAAAAAAAAAAACAUUUUUAAAGGACGUGGGUGAAAUUUUUCUAAAUAAAAACCAAGAUGGAGGUCGAAGCCCGCGAUGAACAAACUCCUCCUUUUUUUCUUUUUAAACUUAUUUUUGUUUUUGAGAGACUCUCCAGUGGAGCCGCGAUUAAAAACACCACAAACUACCCUGAAGUCUUUUGGUGCUGGUUUAGUGGAUGUGAAAACGCCACCAGGUCCCACCCACCCCCCCAAAAACCAACCCCCCCAUGACCCCCUGAACCCUGAACCCCUGAACCCUGAACCCUGGUGCUCACACCGUUGACACUGGAGAACAACGACACUCGGUGGCUACAGAUGUUUUUCUUUUAGUAUUUUUUGUUUUGUUGUUGUUUUGGAGCAGGAUCGACCGACCUGCAAAUCAGUCUGUGCUUUGUGUGUUUGUUUACUCCCAGACACACACACACACACACACACACACACACACACAGGUUUCGAAGAAUGUGUAGCCUUUAAAAAAAUCAUAUGCAUUCCUCUGUAGCUCUGUCAAGUUUAUAUUGUUUUUGUUUUUGUUUUUUUUCUGGUAAAACUGGUGUUUCAUUGUUUUGUUUUUUUAAAAAAAAUGUUUUAUUCGGUUUGUAAGAUAUGAUAUUUUAAUGGAGGGAGAGAUGAGGGGGGGGGUGUAAGUAAUUUUCAUUUUUUUUUUUCCUUGUUAGGACGACAUGGGUGCAUAUUAAAUGAAACGAAAAUGGAUCCAGGACUUUUCUUUUUCUUUUUCUUUUAUUUUUUUUAGUUCUGAUUCAGUAGAGGUUUGAUGCGUCUUCGCUAAAUGUUCAUUUUUUUUUUCCUGUGAGUCGUAAUUAACGGUUUUUUCGAGGGCAUUCAUCGACAUCAUCACCUUUUAUUUCCUUUUAAUAGUAUUUCUGACGUAUCAUCCGCCUGUAAAUCAGUGUUUUGUUUUGUUUUCCUCCUUAAUCAAGUGUUUCUGGCUGAACCAGAGCUCUGGGUUUUUCUUUUAAUUUCAUUUUUUUAUUUUGUAGCUGUAGCAUUAUGACUAAUGUAGCACAUCUCUGCCAGCGCAUCAUGACGUGUAAAUCUCUCGUGUACCAGCUCCAUCUGGCACCAGCAAACGCACCGUUACUGUCGGCUUCUGUUUUUAAAUUCUCUGAAGCGUUUCCGUUUGUUUUCGGCACAGUAUUGUGUUUUAAGAAUGGUAACUAUAUGAAUGUGUAUUAUAUAUUUUUUGCCUGGACUCUCAUUUAUUUUGCUUUUUUUUUUUUUUUUUUUUUUUAAUAGCAGGCAGCAGAAAUGUAGACGUUUGCAGCCUUUUCAAGAAAGAGACCGAGAGCAAACUUGAAUCAAUUCGGCGUCUUUUGUGAUAUUUCUCGUUUUGAAUCAAAGUGCUUUUUCUUUUUUUUUUUCUCUCGUGUACAGUGCCAUACGUCACACACGGCUUCCUUCUUUGGUUUCACCGAGCUCUCGCCUGUAAAAUCAAAAAAUAUACACACAGAAAGAGACAAUCAGACGUCUUCAGAAGCUCUUCAACCACAUUAAAACCGAGAAAAGAUGGCCGCCACCCUCUAGAACAACUUUAAUAAUCAUUUUAAUUGUGUAUCUCUAUGAUGUGCAGUAUGUUCCCGUGUACUGUUGAGUUGGAUAUUCAGCCGGAUGAAUCCCUCCUGGUUCCCUCUGUCUUUGCCUUUUUUUUUUCUCGCCACAAGUUAGUUAGAAACUGUCCCAGAAGAGAUUUUAGUAUUUUUAAUUUUUUUUUUUUUUUUUUUAUUCUUCAAGUGAAAAUCGUUAAAGGGCACAAAUGUCCAGACUAUGAAUGUAGAAAUCGGAGGCGAAGAGCUCAAGCGUCUCUCUCAAAUUUCCACGUUUUUUUAAACUCGUCAAACCGCAACAAACAAGACGACGAGCUGGAAAAAAAAUAAAUAAAUGAAUAAAAACAAUGUGUUCAGAAGAGAAUAGGGAAGCUGCUCCCGUCCCAAGUCUCGCCCUCCUCAGUGUAAAAUAAAUCAGCCAUGGCUUUUUUUUUAUUAUUAUUUGAUUUUUUCAUUUCUCCUUGAAGGAUCAGUCGGAGGCAUUAUUUGAUACUUUACCUCCAGCAAAUUUUAUUUUAUUUUUAAUUUUUUUUUUUAUGUGCAUUACCAGUUUAUUGUACACUUGAGCGUUUGUACAAUACUCGCAGCUUCAUGUUUUAAACAACAAAAAAAAAAAGGAAAAAAAUAAUCCUUAAAGUAAGGAGAAAUCUUUUUGUAUUUUUGAUUUCAAAAGGCAUGUCAUAUCUACUUUUUAAAUGUAUUAAUGAAGAUUUAACUUUACAUCAGAUGGAGUGUUUUUUGUUUUUUGUUUUUGUUUUUUCUUACAAAAUAUCUGUAUGUUUAGUUUAGCGCUAAUGUCACUGAACUGUUAAAACUUAGCAUGUAGAGAAUACGGCUUGCUUCAUGGGGGAAAAGUCCUGAAUUAAAUUUUUAAUCGAGGCACUUUUUCUGCAGGAGGGAUAAAAAAAAAAAAAACAGCAGCAGUUGUGUUAAUGAUUUUUUUUUUUUUUUUUUUCACAAUAUCCGUUAAGCCAUUUUAAUGCAAGAAUUGCUGAAUUUGUGCUGAAGAUGUAUUUAAAAAAAGAAAAAAAGAAAUGUUUUAAGACAUCUUUGUUAUCUGUCAGGCUGUAUGCUAUUGUAAAGUGUAUAUACAGUUACAUUGAAUUUCUGAAACAAAGUUUUAAAGUUAAAAACA